AUCUCCUACAGUAAAAUCAUAUGGAAAUCGCUAGAUCAAUUUCAUUAAUUAUAAAAAGGACUGUUGAUCCAACCAUGUUGUUUGAUAAAGGUGAGUAUAUGGAUGAAGUACUAUGGCAGCUUCUUUGUACUAUUUAUGAUAUACCAUCAUCAAACUUCACGAAAGUCUACUUUUUGAAACUAUUCAUGAUGACCGCCACGAACCUAGGAUAUGCUGGAAAUUUCACUUUGAGUAACUUUUCCCGAGAUAAAAGAGACCGGCGUAAAUGGAUACCUUUUCUUUCAUGCUUAGUUUCUUGGUUUGAAUGUGCUGACACUGAGAUUCUAGAGAUGGUUGACGAAGCAAGAGAAAGAAAAAGCAACCAUUCAAAGCUCUUAAGUCUGGUGGAAUCUCGGGAACGUGAAUUGCAAACACUUCGAGAGGCUGAAGCCAAAAGGCGUAACAUUGUUAAAGACCUUGAAAAGGAAGUUUACGACAUUAAACAUCGUUUCAAUGAAAAGAAUAAAAAAAUGUCGUCUGCAGAAGAUUUAUUACUGUCCCUGGUUUCUUCAACAGAACAGAAAAAAGAACAGAUAGAGUCUUCUCGCAAACGACUUCAAAUUUUACUUGAAGAAUAUGAAAAUGCUCGAUCCCAUCAACUUGAAAAUUGUGAAAUGUUACCUGAAUCAAUUUCAAGAGUAAAGUGUCAACUUGAUUCAAUUGAAUCAGACAUGCAUAGAUUAUUUGAAGCCUUUAAUCACAUUGUGGAUCGUAAUAUAACAUUUCAAAGCUAUGAGUGUUUACUGGAGUCAGAACUGAAACCAGCAAUGGAUCAGGGCUAUGUGAUAAUGGAUAAACUAGAAUCAUGUGAAAAACAAGAGAAGAGUACUCAAGGUAAAAUCGAUGUUCUAACUACAGAUUUGAGAAAUAUGGAUAUUUCGUUAAAUGAAGCUAAACAACACUUAGUGGAAUAUCGAUCACAACUAGUACGAAAAAAAGUAUUGUUGAAUACUAAGAAAAAGACACGUGAAGCUGAUAUCGCCAACAAAACAAAGGAGAACGAUUCAUUUAUAUCUGAACGACAACAUUUGAGAACCCGAUUAUCCGAAAUUGCCCAAGAAAAUUCCUCUAUUGUUGAACAAAUCAAUUUAGAAGAACAAAGGCUUCAUACAAUCUCGAAAAAUCAUGUCCACGUUGAAGAGCUUAACAAAUCGCUAUUGGAAAUAAGCCAAAUGGUUACUAAGGCACCCUUUCCUACAUGAAAACUGUUAUUUCUGAUACAAGUUACGUACUUGGUUUAAGUACAUUUUAACAUUGAAAACUAAGUCAUCAAGACUUAAAGUACAUGUAUAUCUAUAUAUCCUUUUAUUAAUUUUUUAUAUUUUCAUUUACAAUUUUCAAAAUAUACAAGAUAAUAUUUUCAGUGACUAAUUAUACACCUAACACCUCUCUCAGAUAAAAUCUCAUUUAUAUGUGACGAAACAACUCAUAAUGAAAAUUUACUGUACUAUCCCCUCAACACUUGUAUACUGAUUCUCAUUUAGUUGAGAUGAUUCCAUUGAAGCUGGGUCACCAUGGAAAACCUGUGGGACUCCUUAACAGUGCGCAUCCACCACCUCGCCUCGCGGGAUUCGAACUCAGGACCUAUCGGUCUGUACCACUAGAUCACUGAGCCGGUCGGCAACCAACGGUGUUAAUAUCUAACUUCAACUAAUCCACCAUUGUCAUCAAUAUAAGUAGUAUACAUCUUCAUUCAGAAUUGAAAUGCCUGCCAACUAAAGGUUGAAUUGUGAAGAGAAAGAAAGUAAACAGAGAGC